AUGGCCACUGAUAGGGGUAAAAGUGGCGAUGUGACACGCCAUGGCAGCAACCCCCUGAGCGACACACUGCCCGAGGCUCUCCAUACCCUGCAGCAGCUCGGCCUCCCACACAACCCCUGUGCAGCGACUUCUGGGGCUGUUCUCGGCUCCUCGGCCCCGAGCGCCUCGGUCCCACGCGCGCGGCUCGGCCCCGCGCGCCUCCGCCCGAGUCGGCCCCUCGGCCCCACGCGCGCAGCCAGCCCGCGCGUCCCGGCUCCUCGGCCCCCACGCGCGCGGCUCUGCCCCGCGCGCCUCCGCCCGCGUCGGCCCCUCGGUCCCACGUGCGCGGCCCGCUGGUUGCCGGUCUCCGCCAGGGGACACAGCCACUUGAUCAAGGGCCAGACGCUCUCGCCGGACGACGUCGUGGUCCAGAUGAGUCGCGGCCGGAUCGCGCCCCACCCGGAGCCGACGUGCUCGCCGUCCACGGGCGAGUACUAUGUCGACGCCUCGGGGGGUGAUCUCCAGGUCGAUGUGUUGAACUGGACGCUAGUCAACGGCGGCCUCGCGCCCAAGUCGUGGACCGACUACCUCUACUUGUCGGUCGGCAGCACUCUCUCCAACGCCGGCGUAAGCGGGCAAGCCUUUCACCACGGACCUCAGAUCAGCAAUGUCCACGAGCUCGAUAUGGUCACAGGCAAGGGUGAGCUGAUAACAUGCUCAGAAGAGCAGAACUCAGAGCUGUUCCAUGGAGUUCUCGGUGGUCUGGGACAGUUUGGGAUCAUCAUCAGAGCCCGGAUUGCACUGGAGACAGCUCCUCACGGGGUGAGAUGGAUUCGAGCACUGUACUCCGACUUCGCGGCCUUCACCAGGGACCAGGAGCUCCUCGUCUCGCUCCACAGCGCCCACCGGAGCGAAAGGUUCGACUACAUCGAAGGCUUCGUCAUCAUUGAUGUGAUAGAAGAUAAGAUUUUCCUAACUAUAUGA